GUGUAAGCUACUGCUGAAUGCUGGCUGACACUGAUGAACACCUUUGCAACACGGUCAUUUUAAACAAUUAUUGCCAUGUAAAAUAAAGGCAAUUUAAGUUUGUACAAACCCUAUGGUGUGCCUUGGAUUAAUUGUAAAGGAGACUUUGCAUUUUGUAAAUUUUUGAGAUCAUAUUCCACCUAUCCAAUGAGCCCUUCACAAGAAUGAAUAAGCUCCUGAAGGAUCCAAAGAGCACCUGUAUGUGAUUACCACAAAGACCCACCAGCACCAGCAACUAUUGGAUGUAUUUUCAUCAAAUUUGGUGGCCUACAGACAUUCAUGACCCCCAUCUGGAUAAACUGACUUUGGCACCAUCAUCAGAGCCCAACACCGGUAGCGGUCUCAGCACCAUGUCCAGCCGAGGAGCAAAGAAGAAGUCGACCAAGACGUCCCGGUCCACCAAGGCCGGGGUGAUCUUCCCCGUAGGUCGCAUGCUGCGCUACAUCAAGAGGGGCCUGCCCAAAUACCGCAUCGGGGUGGGAGCGCCCGUCUACCUGGCUGCUGUCCUCGAGUAUCUUACUGCUGAGAUCUUGGAGUUGGCAGGUAAUGCAGCCAGAGACAACAAGAAGGGUCGCGUCACACCACGACACAUCCUGCUGGCCAUCGCCAACGAUGAGGAGUUGAACCAGUUGCUAAAAGGUGUGACCAUCGCAGCAGGUGGAGUCUUGCCCAACAUCCAUCCAGAGCUGUUAGCUAAGAAGAGAGGAAUAAGGGGAAAACUGGAGACACCCGUCUCACCCGCCCCCGAGAAGAAACCCAAGCCGGUCAAGAAAACGACGGGCAAGAAAAUGCGUGGUAAAAAGGGCGGCGCAAAGGCUAAGAAGCAGAGUGAGGUGAGCAAGGCGGCGUCGGCAGACAGCACCACAGAGGGAUCUCCAGUUGACAGCUUCACCGUGCUCUCCACCAAGAGCCUCUUCCUGGGUCAAAAGCUCAACCUUAUCCACAGCGAGGUCAGUAACUUGGCUGGCUUUGACGUGGAGGGGGUCAUCAACCCCACCAAUGCUGAACUUGAACUUAAAGAUGAUCUAGGCUCUGCUCUGGAAAAGAAGGGAGGGAAGGAGUUCUUGGAAGCGGUGUCGGAGCUGAAGAAGAAAAACGGCCCUCUGGAGGUGGCUGGCGCUGUGUUGACCGCCGGCUUCGGUCUGCCUGCUAAGUACGUCAUCCACUGUAACAGUCCAGGCUGGGGCUCCGACAAGUGUGAGGAGAUGCUGGACAAGACGGUGAAGAACUGCCUGGCUCUGGCGGACGAGAAGAAACUCAAGUCUGUGGCUUUCCCCUCCAUUGGUAGCGGGAGGAAUGGUUUCCCGAAGCAGACGGCGGCCCAGCUGAUCCUUAAGGCCAUCUCCACCUACUUUGUGGCCACCAUGUCUUCCACCAUCAAGACCGUCUACUUUGUGCUGUUUGACAGCGAGAGCAUCGGGAUCUACGUGCAGGAAAUGGCCAAACUGGAGACGAGCUAAAGGAGUAUCCUUGUCCCUUUUUACCCCCGCCCUGUUAUUUUUCCUUCAAGGAAAUAGGAAGGUGUUUACUAGUGAUUUGUUUUAUUAUCAAGAGAAGAAGAAAAAGAAGAAUAUUUCUAAAGGCCGGGAACUUGUUUUUGCAUUAUGUUUGUAUUUUUCCUAUAUUGUUUUUAAUUUCUUAUUUACUUGUCACUUCUGGCGUUUAAAUGUAAAAGUGCACUGUUCAUUCUGCGGUCUUUUAAUACAAACAGUGCCCUACAAAACAGAUUCAACAAGUGAGAAGACUCACUUUAAGAUUUACUUUUCAUGGUACAUACGGUAAAAGAUAUUAUGAGCGAUAGCUACACCUCAAGUACCAGGCUUCCAGAGAGGUCUGAUGAAUACGGGUUAAUGCAUGUAAUGGCAGUUAAGAUACUAAAAACAGCUAUUCUCUUUCUUUUCAACUCAAAAACACAACACUUAAUUGAGUGUUUUUUUUGGUAUAAAUUCUCUGUUCAUCGUCUCUAUUGUUAACAGUACUGUAUAAUGAAAAGGUAAAGUUCAGUUGGUUCUACUUUGGUCUUCAGGAGACUUAUAUUACAGAACUAUGGAAUGAGUUUUUGUGUUGUGUGUUCCUGUGUUUGCCUUUCUUUACACAGGCAAAAAUGUUUCCUUGUGUGCUGCAGAGACCUUGAAUUUCUAAGUGUUUCCAAAAAACAAUCAUGAAAAAGUCAAUAGACGCCUGUAUAUUAUAACAAUCAUCAUGGUAACAUCAGUUUAUACAGUAAACAGAACGCCUGUUGGUUAUUUACAGUAAAAAAUAAAUUAAUUUAUGACAUAAAAUGGUAGAAUUGGAGGUUUUUGCAGGGCACGGAUGGUUUAUAUUGUGUGUUCCUAUCAAUGUUUAUAUAGAUGGAGUAUUUGUGAAAUGUUAGAGAAAAAUAUUGGACUGUAACAUAGAUUUUUAUUUUCUAUUUUAACUGAAUCUAAAAGGCACAGGUGGUUUGGGAGAGAGAAAAAAAAGUUGUUUUUUGUGUAUUUUGUCUUCGUUAAGCCAUAAAGCAAAUUACUAUAUUAUUAUUUUUUUUGCUGGAAAUAGUAGCGCUCUGCUGUUGCUUUUGGUUUGCUCUUUCAUUCAGCCGCCACUAGAUGGCUCCCUGUAAUCAAGAAUUGGAUUUUUCAUCUCAGCCAUUUUCUGUGCAGCAGCAGGCCUCUUCAUGCAGACGCUGUUCGAUUUGAGUUGGAUUUGAAUUGGGAUUGACGGACGUAUAUAUUUAUGAGGAACCCGACUGCUCUGCUGCAUUUGGACUUUUCAAAAGCCUAACUUUCUUAUGAAAAAAAAAAUGCUUUCUAAAGAAUUGCUAUAAUUGAUGAUUAUACAAAAGGUCUGUACACACUCCGGUAAUAAAAUACCUUUAAAAACAUCCUCUUGAAGUGAUGUUUUGCGUUUUCGCCGCUGUCCUUGAGGAUUCUGCCAGGAACUGUGGGGCAUUAAAAAAAAAAAAAGUGUGUAAAGUUUAAUUGUAAGAGAAAACUGCAUUGUCCCCCAUGAAAACAA